AUGCCUAAAGGUCCCAGUACAACUCAAGGGCGGGUCUCCAAGACUUCUGCGAAGCCAAAAGCAUUGAACGCGUCAAAUAUUGUCGCCUUGAAACGAGAAAUUAGCACAUGUACUCGUCAACCGUUGCAAGAAGUGAACAAUCCUCCGGCUCGCUCUGCUCGUAAAGAUACUUGCAACGCACUUGAUGGCUUCCAAGAAAACGCGUUGAUUCAUCCGAUCUGGAGACUGUUCAGCAUUGGUUCAUACCUUGUCAUUCAAGAGUCCUCAAUUGAAGGCGAGCAACUUGAUUACCGGUACGUGAUUGAUGAUAUUCCUGAUUUCACGGAACUCCACGAAUCACCCAAAGGUCGACUUACCGAGGAGCUUGCAUUGGGCUGGCUUGAACGUUUUCAUCGCGUCGCCGACGGUGAAUCACGUCUCCUCCUCUUCAAGGGCCAACCUCUGUUCUUGACCUUCAAUUUCCUUCGAUUCUGCGAGGAGCACCGGAUCAUUCCAUUCUGCUUUCCACACAAUGUUGCGCAUCUUAUGCAACCUUCCGAUCUGAAACAUUUUUCGAUUUACAAGAAGUAUGGAUACAACAGCUUCGUACCUCCCGAAGAUCCUGAUGAGGAAAAGAUGUGGUGGCUCGGUACUUUUGGUACCGUGCGUGAAGAGUACUUGACACCCGAAAAUAUCAAGCAUGCAUUUGCCGACCGGGGCAUCUAUCCAUUCGAUCCGUUAAAAUUGACUCAACCGCUGCAGGAAGAGAGGAACUAG